AUGAGAAAGCUAAAUAUCGUGUCAACAAAAGAGUCUGAAUCCGCUAAAAAGAGAUUCGAGGAAGCGCGCAAGAGAGCAACCGAUGCGUUUUGCAACGAAGCAUUGGAUAUUCAAGACCGAAUAUUCGCAGCGAAACUCCGUGUCGCUUCGGAGAUACUGGAAUGUCUCGAUAAUCCUGACACCGCGGUUAGUUCGUGCCUGUUGUUUUUAGGAAAGCUUCAUGAUUUACCUCCCAUUCGCGAGAUAUUCACGGUCUAUCUCAACCGCGGAAUCAAGUCUAAAUUUAACAAGACUGAACGAGUUGAGAAUGUCAAAUCUGUCAUGAUGAUCAAUUAUGUUCUAUAUCAAUUUGUUUCGAAAUUCAGCAGUAAGUAUUAUUCGGUGCUCGCCUGGACAACAAUUCAACUCUCCGAUCGCAGUUUUAACCCAAUAUGGAAUUGGCAGGAGGUUUCGACCAGAAAAUCUUGGGGUGAAAAUUUGAUCCAACCUCCAAACGAGUUGCAACUGGAUAAACUAAUAGAUCGGCAUAAAUCUGCUGUAAACAGUCGGGGUGAAAUAAUUGUAAAAGCAUCGUAA